AUGCUUAGGUUGUCUGUCGCCUUGAUCAUGGCGGAGCGAGAGGAGCGGCGUUUCGCGGAGAUCUCCCGGGACUCUGUCAAACUCAUGGCCGAGAGCGCGGGUGUGGAGCUCGGGGACGACCUGGCGGCUCUUCUGGCGGAGGAUGUGUGUUACCGACUCCGGGAAGCGACGCAGAGUAGCUCCCAGUUCAUGAGACAUGCCAAAAGGAGGAAGCUGACAGUGGAAGACUUCAACAGAGCUCUGAGAUGGAGUAAUGUGGAGGCCAUUUGUGGAUACGGGGCUCAGGAUGCGAUGCCUUUUCGUGCACUUAAAGAAGGAGAACUUUUCUUCACAGAGGACAAAGAAAUCAACCUGGUGGAGUUGGCCUUAGCUACAAACAUCCCCAAAGGCUGCGCAGAGACGAUGGUGCGAGUGAAUGUCUCGUAUCUGGAUGGAAAAGGAAACCUGGAGCCCCAAGGAACUGUCCCCGCAGCAGUGCAGUCUCUGUCAGAGGACUUGUUGAAGUACUAUCAGCAGAUCACGAGGGCCAUUCUGGGCGAGGACCUGCAUCUGAUGAAGGUAGCACUUCUGGAUCUUCAGUCUAACUCUAAGAUCGCUGCUCUUCUGCCGUACUUUGUUUACGUCAUCAGUGGGGUAAAGUCGGUGAGCCACGACUUGGAGCAGCUCAACAGGCUCUUGCACAUGGUCAAGAGCUUGGUCCAGAACCCGUACCUUUACCUGGGCUCGUAUGUGCGCAGCCUGGUGUCCAGUGUCAUGUACUGCAUCCUGGAGCCGCUGGCCGCCUCCAUCAACCCCCUCAACGACCACUGGACGCUCAGGGACUACGCAGCGCUGCUCCUCAGCCACAUCUUCUGGACUCACGGAGAUCUGGUCAGUGGUUUAUAUCACCAGAUCCUGCUGUCGCUUCAGAAGGUCCUGUCUGAUCCUGUGCGGCCGCUCUGCUCUCACUACGGGGCAGUGGUGGGUCUUCACGCUCUCGGCUGGAAAGCUGUGGAGAGAGUCCUGUUCCCACACCUCCCUGCGUACUGGGCCAACCUCCAGGCUGUUCUGGACGACUACUCCGUUUCAAAUGCCCAAGUUAAGGCAGACGGGCAUAAAGUCUAUGGCGCCAUCUUGGUGGCAGUAGAGCGCCUCUUGAAGAUGAAGGCCCUCUCUCUGACUCAGCCUGCAGAAGGAGGCUCCAGUGGGCUGCCAGGGUCCACGACAAGAGGCCUGGGCUACAGAAUGAGCUCCCCUGGUCUAAGCCCCCCUCCAGAGCCCCUGUCUGAGGCGGCUCUGGGCAUCGCCAGUCACCUCCAGGCCGGGGGCGCAGGCUGCCCCUGGGAGGAGUGGGCCCCGGUGCCACUGCCCGACAUGUACUCGGAGCUCUACUCCUUCUUUGGGGACAGUCUGGCCGUCCGCUUCAGUACAGGCCCAGGGUUCGGGAGCUACCCCCCCUGUGCCCUAUCCCAGGCAGGCGAUGCCAAGAAAGAAGCGCCCGGGCCGACAUCCAACACGGACACCACGAGGAAGAUGCCCCAACUGACGGCCAACCUCAACAUCAGCCCCAGGCAGGAUGGCAGCCCCCACACAGACCCCCUUCCUCCGAGUCUGGCGGCCACAGGAUCAGGAAGGUCGGUGGCGCGCUCCUCGUCCGUGCCGCGCUCGCGCUCCUCUUCGUCUCGCUCCGGUCCGCGCUCGGCCGCUCCGUCCCGGGACAUCUUCCCCAAGGCCCGUUUCACCUCCUCCCAGAACACGCCUCCAGCCUUCUCCUUCCUGAUCGGCGGACGUCAGAUGGGCCGCCACAGCCAAGGCCGCCGCCCCUUCCAGACCACGUUCGCCCCAAACCCGCCGCUGUCCGCCAUCCCACCGCGAGCGUACGCACACAAACUGUCCGUGAUCGGCAGAGUGGGGAAACCCGUGCGGCGCUGGGCUCAUUCGCACUACUCCCUCCAGCUUCCUAUGUAG